AUGGCCCAACCGCCAUACUCCUUACCCUGGGGCCUGCACUACCCGCACAGGGAGGCGGGGGCGGGUCGCCGCGACAUCGAGGCCGCGUACUCCGCCAGCGGCGCAGCGCUGCAGCCGCUGUACCUGCAGCGUCCUCACACGCACUACGAGCCCCAACAGACGCACUUGCCAUGCAAGAGUGACGGCGACGAGAUCAGAUCCGAGUAUAGACAACAGUAUCACUUGCAUAGAUGCGGUUCCCUAGGCAAAUGUACAGAGGAGGUGGAGCCUAGCGAGGAGGCCGUCUCCAGCUCCGCGGAGCAGCAACCCUGGGGAGACAAAAUGGGUCGCAGCUCGCUGUGCUCAGUGGCGCCCUCCUCCCGAACGGACGCCGCCUCUCCCAACCAACACGUCUCCACCACGCACUCCGGUGGUGGCAGACGGGGCGCGUUGCAGCUGUGGCAGUUCCUGGUGUCGCUGCUGGCAGAGGGAGCGCGCUGCGUCGCCUGGACCGGGAGGGGCUUGGAGUUCAAGCUUCACGAGCCCGAGGAGGUGGCGCGCCGGUGGGGGGCCCAGAAGAACCGGCCCGCCAUGAACUAUGACAAGCUGUCGCGCUCGCUCAGGUACUACUACGAGAAGGGCAUCAUGCAGAAAGUUGCUGGUGAACGCUACGUGUACAAGUUCGUGUGCGACCCCGAAGCGCUGUUCAGCAUGGCGCGGCCCCCGCCCCCCACCCCUCCAUACGACGUGCUGUCGCAGCUGUGUGGGGGGGCGGUGUACGCCCCCUGCCUGCCCCCCACCAGCCCGCCGCCGGACUACAGACGCUACUACGAAGGACACUACGACACGUGA